AGAAUAUAUUCCUAGUCUAUGACAGUGUCUAUAUCGUUAAAUAAGAUGGCUGAAUUUUGAGUUUCGUUUACAUCUUAUUUUGCACACUCUAACGUAUUGGUGAACAAAUGUUGUGUAAAGCCGUUGCUCAGCAUUCCCCGUGGUGUUUUAUAAAACUUGAUAGAAAAUGCAUAAACUUGUUAUGUCAUUAUCCAUCGUUAAUCGAAACUGAUUGCGUACAUUUGAUCAAAGGUUUCAGUGCUUUUUUUCAAACUAUACUCGACAGAGGAAAACCAACAUUUUAAUCGUAUUUCAACAUAAUGGUGGAGAGUACUGAUAUUUGUGUCCUACAAUGGGCUGGUCAUGCGAGAUUCAUUACAGAAAAGUUUAGUGAACUGUUGGCACGCCAAGCACUUGUUGAUGUUACCCUCGUCUGCGAAGGACAGAAACUCCGUGUUCAUAAACUGGUUUUAGCAUCGAAUAGUACAUACUUUGAGCAUUUGAAGAAACCAUGUUUGAUGGACAUACUUUUUACAACUUGUGAAGAACAUCUAUUCAGUGUAAAGGAGAUUUUGCAGAAGGAUUUGAGUCAGGAACCCAUUAUAUUUUUGAAAGACCUAAACUUUGAGAUCUUGAAGGCCAUGGUCGAAUUUAUGUAUUGUGGAGAAACUACUGUUCCUUAUCAGUUGCUGUCAUCUUUAUUAACUGCCACUAAGACUUUUAAGGUAAAAGAAUUAACGAGCGUGGUCGAUGCCAUGAUGACUUCUGGUAUAGAAAAUUUUAGAACUGAUGUACAUAUAGAUAAGAAAGUUAGUGAAUCAAAAAUUACAAAAAAUAAAUGCAACAGUCCAGAUUAUUCACACGUGAAGUGCAAUGAUCUAGAGAAAAAUGAGUGCUUUUUACUUUCUAAUGAGAGCAGUAGUGAUGUGAAUAUAAGUGAAAAUUCACCUUUGGAAAGUAGUGUCAUCACUGAUCCUCCUGAACAAGAAUUAGAGCAUAUGUUGUAUGAUGAAUCACAAGAUUUUGAAAGUAAUGUAGAACAAACUAAAUUAUUUUCAGUAGCAAACUCUAAACUAGCAGAAAAUAGAAAUUCAACUUUAUUUAUAAAUUGUAAUAACAAAGAAACAUCAAGUGGGUACUCUGAAGAUAGAAUGAUAAAUAGUAAUACAUUGUGUACAAAUGAUACUUUAAAACCUAUAUUAUAUGAACAAUGCUGUGAUCUUUCAGAUAUUGAUGACUGUGAAGAAAAUUCUAUGUCACUAUCACAAUCUUGCCUCCAGCAAAUUGAAAAAGACUUUGCACAAUAUAAGUUUGAAGCUACCGAUGUUCCUAGUAAAAUAGGAAAAUGCGUUAAAGUAUACACUCAUAAAAGACGUAAAUCCAUAGAUGAAAUAAAAACUAAAUUUACAGAUGUAAAUAACAUAAUUCAAAGUCCAUCAUCCACUGAUUGUAUAGACUUAUUAGAUGAACCGUCCACUAAUGAUAUACCAGUUACACUUUUAACCUCAUUAGAUAUGGAAAGUGCUGAGUAUAUUAUAAGCUUAAAUACUGAAAACAUUCAGUCUAUAGUGGGAGCUACUUUAACCGAACAACAUGCGUUGAGGACAGGUAAGAAAAUCGAACAAAUUAUUGAGUACAAUUCGCAGAAAGAUAAUACUAAUAAAAAAGAUCUAAAUGUUGAAAAUACUGAAAAUUCACUAUGUAGCAAACCGAUAUUACGAAGAAGUUUGCGAUUAAAUCAGCAGGAAAUAGAAGAAACUGUGAGCAAUAAUGAACUUAACAAAGAUUCGAAUGGAAGAGAAAAACAAAUUAAAAAAUUUAACUCUUCCAACAGCGCAGAAUUAUGUAUGAAAAAGAAGCGUAAGGUGAAAGAUAUAGAUCGCAAAGUUCCAGAACAAAGCGGUAACAAUUUAAUACAGUCCGCUAAAAAGGUUUUGAAUUCGCGUAAAAAUUCUACAAAAUUAAUUGUAAAAAAAAGCAAUAAACCUACUUGUACUAUAUCUAGCAAAGAAAAGAAUCAGCAAACGGUUAAAAUACCGAACAGAUUGAAAUGUGACAUAUCAGAAGCGGCGGAAGUGAAUUCUAUUUUUACAUUACCUAAAUUAAAUACAAUAGAACACAUAAACCGAGCGCUUUGGGGCGAUAUGUCGGAUAUUUCCGAAGACUGUGAAAAUCGAAUGAAUUUAGUGGAAUUUACACCAAACACAGAAAUUCCGUUCGCCGUUGGGUUACUUCCUCUACGCACUGCUUUGGAGAAGAUGCAAGCAACGCCGGACUAUCAACCUCGCAAAACUCGUUCAUCGGUAGCUCCGUUAAAACAAGAUAACUUUCUCAAAAGAAAAAGUUUUACACAAUUUGGAAAACCUACCGAACCAAAAAAGCAGAAUAUUUGUAUCAAUGGCCCGAAAGAAAGUGCAAAAACAGUUUAUCAUAUUCAAAUAAGAACAGCACCAUCGCAAUACAUACGAAAUCGUAAGAAAUAUAUUGCGGCAUGUGUUGACACGAUACAAUCGCCGGUUAUUAUGAAUAAAUAAUAAAAGAUAUUACGCAGAAAUAGGUAGCUAUAAAUAAGCGAUCCCAAAGAGAUCGAAUUAAAAGAAACGCGUAUAUAAUUUUAUAUUUUGAACAAAUAUUUUUAAUAUAAAAUUGAUCGUACGUGAAACAUAGGUAUGGAAAAGAAUCUACCGUACAUUACAUCCAUAUAGUUCCUUAACUUUUGUAAGAAUUCAAGAUAUAUUUUUUUAUUAUUUUGAAUACUCUUCCAGAAGAGUAAACACAAAUUUUGUUCAUUAAAAAGAGAACGUUUAAUAUAACAUAGAUGUAAUACGAUAUUUUUGUUUAUGCAUUAUGUAAUAUUGCAUUAUUCUACAAGUUCAGUAGCUUGUGAUUAAGUGAAAUGGACUUUUCUAGUGCACAUGUACAUAUGUAAUGAUUUGUUUUUAAUAUCGUGUCCUUUGUUUAAGAAUUACGUGUAAAUAUUUAAAAAUUUUAGUUUGUUACAUUUUAUUAUGAAUUUAAUUGAAUUUUCUUUAUUGUGUGAAAAAUUGCAUCUAUACAAUUCAUAUUAUUGUAAAUAUUUAGGUAUUAAGCGUCGUCAUUUGUUUGAUAACUUUAAGAAUUCUUAAAUGUUUUAUAUGAUUUAUUUAUAAAUUUAAUAAUCAUAUUCUUUAAUACGUCUGUUUACAAAAUAUUUUAU